AAAAAGUGAUGUGCAGAGAGCAACUUUUGCAAACGGGGACGUGCCCCCGCCUUUUUUCCGGUCUGCACAGUAUCCAAAGUCGCCGAUAAAGCACUUUAUGCCCUCUGUGAAACUUCCCUUCGCACAAAGGCCAGACCCCAGCUCAAAUCGUUGCUCCGGCCCAUGCACUUUGAUGCACUGAAUGCUUUGACGAGACGCCUCCAUCGCGACCCUCGAGACAACAUUUAAAGAACUCGGCACCAAUUUCCCCUCCCCAUUUGCUCUUCUGCCCGUCCUUUACUUCUUUACAUCAAUGAGAUAACCAACUUCAGUCCCACUUUCUUUACCGUCUCCUUGCCUCAGUUUGCGACUCCGCUUCAGGCCACGUUUUCAGGGCGGUUGGGCCAUGACAAUAUGUCAAGAGCAUCGACACCGUCAUUACCACUGUAUCAUGUGUCUAACGCCGCGUCCAAAGCACUCCGGGCAGAAUCGCCGCUGCUGCAGCCCCCAGAAGUACCGCAAAGACGCUCAACGCCCUCGUCUGUAGCUUCCUCCUACUCCCUCCUCUCGCCUCGAGAAACUGCGCGCAAGCUGUCCUCAUCCCUGACCCAUGGGCUCUCUCCAGCCAUCGCUGCAGCCCGCAUCCACACGCAUGGACUCAACGAAUUACCCCACGAAGAACCAGAGCCGCUAUGGCUGCGAUUCCUGAAGCAAUUCAAGGAGACGCUUAUCCUGUUGUUGCUUGGGUCAGCCGCCGUCUCGUUCCUAAUGGGAAAUCUGGAGGAUGCCGUCAGCAUCACCGCCGCGGUAACAAUCGUAGUCACGGUGGGAUUUGUGCAAGAGUACAGGUCUGAAAAGUCUUUAGAAGCCUUGAGCCAGCUGGUGCCCCACUCUGCGCAUACAAUUCGCGCCACUGCAGACCCGCCCCGGGGCAGCCGAUUAGCGAACGAAGUAGGAGCAGACAGCGUGGAACUAGACGAAUUGAAGGACACACCAGCAUCUCUGGAAGCUGCGGAGAGGAACUCAAGCACGAUAUCCGCAACACUGCUAGUGCCGGGCGACUUGGUGUUAUUUCAUACAGGAGACCGCAUUCCGGCAGACAUUCGGAUAACCCACGCGGCCGAUCUCACCCUCGACGAGUCCAAUCUCACCGGAGAGAACGAGCCCGUCCCGAAGACACCAGACACUAUCGAUACAUCAUCCGGCCCCCCCCGUCCGCAUUCACCCUUCUAUGCGUCGCCCGCCGCUGGUACAGUUGGCGCCGACAUAAGGCUCAAUGACCAGAAGAACAUUGCCUUCAUGGGCACAUUGGUUCGCUCAGGCUAUGGGCAGGGCCUGGUGAUUGGUACCGGAGGCAAUACUGAAUUCGGCGCCAUCUCCGCAUCCUUACAGGAAAUCGAAAGCCCUCGUACUCCUUUGCAGCUCUCCAUGGAUCGGCUGGGGAAAGAGCUCAGCUACAUGUCAUUUGGAGUCAUUGGUUUCAUAAUGCUUCUUGGACUCUGGAGAGGCUGGGAGUUCCUAGAUAUGUUCCAGAUCGGCGUGUCCUUGGCCGUAGCCGCAAUUCCCGAAGGUCUACCCAUCAUCGUCACUGUAACUCUCGCUCUAGGCGUGCUUAGAAUGUCGAAAAGGGACGCCAUCGUUCGACGACUUCCUAGCGUGGAGACUCUAGCAUCCGUCAAUGUUGUUUGCAGUGAUAAAACAGGCACCUUGACAACGAAUCACAUGACUGUCACGAAGAUCUGGCAUUUCGAUGAACUAUCACCAGUCGAUGUGACCAAGAAGCACGACUCUGACGAACUCGACUCUCCGACCCGCACGAUACUAAGAAUUGGUAACAUAGUUAACAAUGCGCGUCUCCUAGGGGAGCACGCAAAUACGGCUUCCACCGCUGCGGUUCUGUCGUCGACUAUGGGAGAUGACACAUCCGCCGCGAAAAGCCGCUGGGUUGGACAGCCCACAGAUGUUGCACUCCUUGAUUUGCUCGAUACAUUUGGAGAAGACGAUGUACGAGAAAGAAUUGGGGCUCGCAGAUAUGAAACUCCCUUCAGCUCUGAACGAAAAUGGAUGGGUGUUGUUAUCAACGGAAGCUCAGGGACAGAGCUGACCCCUGGACCAGAUGUGGUGUACAUAAAGGGGGCCCUAGAGAAGAUCCUGGAUCGUUGCGACACAUACGUAACCGCUCAAGGUCGAGAAGUCAUUUUGGAUCAAGUACGCAAACAAGAGGUCUUCAGAGCCGCAGACUCCAUGGCGCAAGAAGGCCUUCGAGUUCUUGGCUUUGCAAGUGGUGCGUCAAAAGAUGGACGACGGACGCCCUACAAAGGGGGAAGUGGUAGUGCUUCGCCAGUACCGGUCCCAGAGCACCCUCCUUAUGCUAGUUCCGCGCUCGGGGAAGAUGAGCACUACCGAGGACUGAUAUUUGCAGGCCUUGUUGGGAUGAGUGACCCGCCCCGCAAGGGAGUUGAAAGAUCCAUCCGACGGCUGAUGGCCGGGAAGGUGAAAGUGAUCAUGAUCACUGGCGAUGCGGAGACAACAGCUGUUGCCAUUGGUAAGAGGCUUGGAAUGCCUAUCAAUAUGAACUCAUCUAUUGGACGAGUUGUGCUGCGCGGCGAUGAGUUAGACCAGAUGAGCGAGGAGGAACUUGCACAGGCUAUUGCUACGACCUCGAUCUUCGCCAGAACGAGCCCGGAACACAAACUGAAAAUAGUUCGUGCCCUUCAGUCACGAGGCGAUGUGGUGGCAAUGACUGGGGACGGUGUGAACGAUGCCCCAGCGCUCAAAAAGGCAGAUAUCGGAAUAUCAAUGGGCAAAUUGGGCACAGACGUAGCAAAAGAAGCCGCUGAUAUGAUCUUGACCGACGACAACUUCUCGACAAUCCUUAAUGCUAUCGAGGAAGGGAAGGGUAUCUUCUACAACAUCCAGAAUUUUCUCACCUUUCAGCUCAGCACCAGUGCGGCCGCCCUCGGUCUUGUGCUGCUAAGUACCUUCCUCGGCUUUCAAAACCCAUUAAACGCAAUGCAAAUCCUAUGGAUAAACAUUCUCAUGGACGGCCCUCCUGCCCAAUCGCUCGGCGUCGAGCCUGUUGACCCUGCCGUCAUGAGUCGCCCACCUCGGCCGAAGAAAGCUCGCGUACUCACACGGCAGCUACUGCAGCGAGUGCUGCAAUCUGCCUCAAUUAUCAUGAUGGGAACCCUGACGACGUAUUAUCGUGAGAUGACUUCUGAUGGUGAAGUCACGGCGCGAGACACAACUAUGACAUUUACUUGCUUCGUUUUCUUUGAUAUGUUCAACGCGCUCACAUGUCGGUCUGAAAGCAAGUCGGUACUUGCAGGUGAGAUUGGCCUUUUCUCAAACAAGAUGUUCAAUUAUGCUGUAGCUGGCAGUCUAAUUGGUCAACUUGUCGUGAUAUACCUCCCCCCGUUGCAACACAUUUUCCAAACCGAAGCUCUCAGCCUUCUAGAUCUUGUACAUUUGUUGGCAGUCGCAAGCUGCGUGUUUUGGGCAGAUGAGGCAAGGAAAUUCUUUAAUAGAUGGAAACUGGGGCGACGUAUCGUUGGGUACAGCUCGAGUGUAUGAUAGAUGUCCUUGUAUGAAACAGACCAAUUGUUUACCAAAGCCAGAGCCACGAGUUAAAUAUCUGUCAUAUCAGUAUUUGUCUUGCACUCUCUGCUUUCUUCUCUUCUGUUUCCAUAGUCCUUACCUUGUUUAUG